AUGGGCCUAGCUUCAUCCCAACGGCCAACCAAAAGCUCAACUGGAUCAUAUCCUUAUAAACGGAAAAUGGUUAAGCUCAAUUCGAAAUGUGCGCGCAUACAAGACAAUCGAAUUAAACUCAGAUCAUCGGAUUGUGAGCGCCUAAAACGAACAAACAAGAAGAGCUGGGUCUCAAAUGGAACCAUCGAAGUACUGAAUCAACGAAAUGAAGCCAAAAAGCUAUUCAAACAAAACCCAACUCAACAAAGAGCUGAACAUUUUCUACCAAAGCGACAGAAUUCAAUUUUUAGAAGACAAACUUGA